UUGUAUGUUACUCACUCCAGUUAUUACAGCUGAGUCAACUCCCGCUUUCUUAGUUGAGAGUGAUGUUCCUACCCCAUCUCCCUCUCCUCCUUCCUCUCCCUCUCCACCACCAUCGGAAGAGGAGGUUUCAACAGCUUGCCCCUCACCUAGUCCUGUAGUUGUCACAACCACAGAGAUCAGUGUGUCCACCUCAGUCAGGAGCGAGACUGUCACCUCAACCAGAACAGUCACAGAAACACCUCAACCUUCAGAAUGCCCUGAUUUCUCUGGGAUGAGGUCAGAUGCACAAGAGUCCAAUUUAUCACUAAGUAGACUACGAAUAUCUGUGACUAGUCUUCUGCUCUGUCUGUCAGUACUAGCUGUGCUAUUAUAGCCCAUGCCCCGUCCAGCUACACACACUGAACUGCCAGCAUUACUUGGUGAGUAGGUGAUGCCCACUUACUUGGUAUGAAUAACAAAUCCUGUUUGUUUAGCCGCCAUUGCGGCCCUCAAUAUGGAAUAACAGGCAUGCCUUAGAUCUUCCGACGAAAUAAUGUUUAUUCCAACUCAACAACUACUUGAGGGGUGUCUGUAUAUUGAUGAAAGGUGUGUACGUGUGACGAUC